AUGACCACAAGAAGACUAUUUGUCGCAUCGCUAUCCCGAUCGCAAGCUUGCGGCUUUCACACUUCAUCGUUCGGAUCUAAGACACCUACUCCCGAAAACGUCGAUUCGAGCCUUGCCAAAACUCCCUUUCAUUUCGAAACUGGGUACGCAUUGCGGCCAAAGCGACCCUCGAGACCUUUCCCACCUCCUUUUGUUUCGAUUCCGUCCUCGUCCUUUUCCGAUCCCUUAACCACGCAUUUUAAGAGUCAAGAUAGGCGGCCGAAAGUGGGAGGUGAAAUUAUACGCGGCCUGACUAACGGGGACGACGCUAUCCUCGCUGCUGACAACUUCCUUGGCGUUAACGACGGUGUUGGGGCUUGGGCCACGAAGCCGCAUGGCCAUGCAGCCCUAUGGUCUAGGUUGAUACUUCAUUUCUGGGCCCUCGAGUGCGAGCGACGAGUUUCCUCCACAUCGCCUCCAGAUACCAUUGCAUUCUUGCAACACGCAUACGAAGAGACACUGAUCUCUACAAACCAGUGGCUGGGGACUACGACUUCAGCAACCGCCCUAUUACACACCCUCGACGAGAAAGCAGACGCUAAGCCGGUUCUCUACGUAACCAACAUCGGCGACUGCCAGAUUCUAGUUAUUCGCCCUAGGGACAAAAAGAUUCUGUUCAAGUCUCGCGAGCAAUGGCAUUGGUUCGAUUGUCCGUACCAGCUGGGUACCAACAGCGUCGACCAGCCACAGAGCAAUGCAGUUCUGAAUACUAUAGAGCUUCAAGAGGGUGAUAUCGUCUUGGCUGUGUCAGACGGCGUUAUUGAUAAUCUCUGGGAUCAUGAAGUGUUGACCAACGUUCUUGAGAGUAUUGAUAAAUGGGAUACUGGUGAUGUAGGAAACUGGAAAGUGGAGCGCGAAGUAGGACCGGCUGGUAGCAUGGUCUUUGCAGCUACGCGAUUGUUGAAUGCUGCUCUGGCUGUUGCUCAAGAUCCGUUUGCGGAGAGUCCUUACAUGGAGAAGGCAAUCGAUGAAGGACUCACUAUUGAAGGAGGGAAAAUGGACGAUAUCAGCGUGGUCAUCGGGCAAUGCAAAAAAAGGACGUCAUGA